AUGUGAAGUGGAUAUUUCCAGACUGCAGAACAGAGGUAUCUUAUUGAACCUCUUAUGGUCAAUGAUACUGGUCUCCACGCAGUGUACCGUUAUGAGAAUAUAACAAAUGGCCCAAAGGUUUGUGGCGUAACAAAUGACACAUGGGAAGGUGGUGGUCCAAAAUUAUCAAGAACAGUUCUUAAUGCUGAGAAAAAGGCAUUUCUUGCAGCAAAAAAAUACAUCGAGCUUUACUUGGUUGCAGACAGCACUGUGUUUGCAAAGUACAAAACACUGGAUGCAGUGAGGAAUCGACUUUUUGAAAUUGUUAAUUUCAUCAACUUGGUUUACAAACAAAUCAAUUCCUUUGUUGCACUCAUUGGCAUUGAAAUCUGGAACAACGGUAACAAGAUUACAGUGAGCUCUAACUCAGGGGCAACAUUGGACAGCUUUGUGAACUGGCGCAAUUCAGAUCUACUGAAGAGGAAGCCAAAUGACAACGCACAGCUACUAACAAAUGUUGAUUUUGAUGGAGCCACUGUUGGUCUGGCUUUUGUGGGUACAGCGUGUGGUAUGCAUUCUGGUGGUAUCAUUCAGGAUCACAGCUCAAGUUCCAUUGGUAUUGGAGCAACUAUGGCACACGAGAUGGGACAUAACCUCGGAAUGAGUCAUGACACAAGUUCCUGUGACUGUCCGUCAGGGUCCUGCAUAAUGCAAGCAUCACUAAGUUCCACGUUCCCACGAGAGUUCAGUUCCUGUAGCCGACAAAGCUUCCAAAGCUUCCUUUUGGACAAAAUGCCUCAAUGCAUUCAGAACAUUCCAGAUAAGCAGAUGAUUGUGGCACCCCCAGUAUGUGGCAAUGGUUUUGUGGAAGUUGGGGAAGAGUGUGACUGUGGAACCCCAGAGGAAUGUGAAAAUCCCUGUUGUAGUGCAUCAUCCUGCAAGCUAAAACCCCAGGCACAAUGUGCUGAAGGAGAGUGUUGCAAAGACUGCAAGGUUAAGCCAUUUGGAGAUGAGUGCAGAGCCAGUAAACAUGACUGUGACCUUCCUGAGUUUUGCAGUGGUCAGUCAGCAGUGUGUCCACCAGAUAGAUUUAAAGUCAACGGCUACCCUUGUAGCAAUGGUGAAGCAUACUGUAUCAAUGGAACAUGCCCCCAGAGAGAUCAGCAAUGCAAAUAUCUAUGGGGACAAGAUGCCAUAUUGGGAACAGAUUAUUGUUUUCGACAAAAUACUCGAGGAGAGUACUAUGCUUACUGUAAGAAGUCUCCAUCUGGUAGCUUCAUUGGCUGUAAACAGACGGACAUAUAUUGUGGAAAGCUGUUUUGUUCAGGUGGAAACCAGUUUCCAAUUUCUGGGAGUGUGGCAGCAUUUGGGAAUUGUAAAACGUCUUUUGGUCAGGAAAAAGACCUUUCGUUAGUGAAUGAUGGAACAAAGUGUGGAGAAGAAAAGGUAUGCAGCCAAGGCGAGUGUCUGGACAUAGAAACAGUCUACAGGUCUACAAACUGUUCUGCCAAAUGCCCAGGACAUGCUGUGUGUGACCAUGAACUGCAAUGUCAGUGUGAGGAAGGCUAUGAACCACCACACUGUGAAAAAUAUCUCUCACAAGGAGCUGUGAUUGCAAUUGCUGUCACUGUGUCCAUUGUCGUGAUUGCACUAACAGCAGGAAUAUUAUUCUUGUGGUACAAAAAUAAAGGAAAGAGAAGAGGACAGAGGCAAUAUGUGAAAACGGUGUCUGGUGUAACUAAUCCAGGUUUUGCACAGCAAGAACAAAAGAAGAAGAAUAGACCGAAACGGGCAUCUGGCCCUGGGUGUUGUCUGAUGCCAUGCCUUCUGCCUCACUCACCCUCUCCUACUCACACAGAUAAAGAAGAGGUUUGUCCUCUCACAGUUCCAGUUUCAUCCACACCUGUUCCACCUGCAAAACCAGGAUAUUUGUCUGCACCAUCUGCCCCUAAAUUGACCCCAACACCACCGACUGCUCAAAAACCGAUGUUAUUGCCACCCUCAAAGUCACCUAAUAAAGUAACACCACCUAUUCCACCAUCUGCUCCAAAACCAGUUUUACCACCUUCACAAGCAUCUAAUAUAAGACCAGCACAUAAACCUCUACCACCUCCUAUAUCAACCAACAAGCCAGUAUAUCCUGUGCAGGCCUUGAAACCCAUCAACAAGCCAAGAACCUGAAGUUUGUUCAUAUUACCUGAAGAAAUGAACCAUAGCUUUACUCAGUGAUGGCUUUUGUUUUUACAGUCAGUCACGUAUUGCUUCUAUUAAUAUUCACUUAGAUACACACUGUAGUAAAGCCGUGGUUGAUUAUGGUGCCACUUUUUUGUUGUGGAGAUCAGAGUGAUACUUAGGGCACAAACUCUAAUUUAAAUGAAAUGACACAGAGGACUGCAUGGUCUGUCCUGAUCACUAAUUCGCUGGAACUAUAAAAUGUAAUGACACAUGUUACUCAUAUUUUGAUCCACUGUUUCUUGUGACACUGCAUAUAUUUGAAUCAACAAUGUGUGGCAUUGACGUGAAAGUAGUGAAAAUGAAUGCAUUUUUACUUAAAUGCACAUGGACUAAGAAACCAAACAAGUAUAUUAUUUCACUUAUAUUUUGAGCAGCAACAUUAAAAAUGCCUCAUGCAGUUUCUGUACCAGGAAGAUAAUUUACAGACUUCAGGAAAUUCCAAUGCAAAGAGUAUUGGUUGAGUAACAAUUUCUGAACUGUUGAUGCAAAGUUCAAUAAAGCAAUAUAUCAGUGCACAUGUUUCUAAAGCAAGUCAUAACUAAUGGGGUCUUAAGCAUUGCUAGCUGCACAUUAAUCCUACAUGUUUACAACACAUCCUUUUUAUAUCAUUGCAAACUGGUGGUGAAAGGGGAGAUUAGAGCUGCUAUAA